AUGUGUAAAGCAUUUCUUUUUCUCUUCGUUACCAUUGUAGAUGCUGCACGGCCACAUAUCGCCAUCAAUUUACCUGAUGCACCUGAUAAUGAUGUGGUACUAUACUCCGGAUAUUUGGAUCUCGAAGAUGAUAGCCAUGCUCAUUAUAUGUUUACUGCAGCCGAAAGUGAUCCUAAUUCCAAACCACUUCUGGUUUGGCUUGGUAGCUCAAUGGGACACUCAGUAAUGCAUCACUUUUUCCAUCUUUUUGGACCCUACAUAAUUCGUUCUUCAAAUAGCUCAUUGGAAAGAAACAAUGAUGCAUGGAGUAAAGUCGGUAAUGUGCUGUUCAUCGAUAAUUCCAUUCAAGCUGGAUUCUCUUAUGGCCAAGAAAAUAAUCAAACCUUUGAUGUUUACACUAGAUGUGAUUUUACAUACAAGCUAUUACUAAAAUUUUUUGAAGAAUUUCCCGAAUUUAAGGCGAAUGAUCUAUACAUUGGUGGCUCUAGUGGAACUGGCCAAUAUGCACCACUUAUUGCACUGAAAAUAGCAGAAAAUAAAGCAGAAAAUCAAAUAAAUUUAAAAGUAAAAAUUACGACAUUCAUUUCAUUCGAUGAAAAUAUUUUUGGCCAAGACACAGUGAUUAUGGGAUUGAUAAUCGGAAAUGCUAUUUUAAGUAUGGACGAAAUUUCGAUUGACUUAGCUAUGUACAUGUACAGUUAUGGCCUCGUCGAUGAAAGGACUUAUGAAACUGCUCAAAGGAAUUGUUGUAAUGGAGUUCUUGACAAAUGUGAGAUUCACAACGCUAUUAGCGUUUCGGAAUUCUGUGCCGAGUUCUUUUUCGACAUCUUAUAUUUCGCAGAACGAUCUGGUUUAAAUAUGUUUAAUUUGAACGAAAAAUGUGAAAAAGAUGCUCAAGUGAUAGAUGCAUUGCAAAAAAAUUUUGCUAAAGAAGGAUUAACAGGAUUGACAGAUUUUAUAAGUCUCUAUGCUGAGAAAGCCGAUGUAAAAUGUGUUGAUGAAAUUCCAUAUAGCACAUAUUUAAACAGAACAGAUGUGCGACGAGCUCUGAAUAUACCUGAGGAUGUUCGGUCAUGGGAGAUGUACAGAUCGGUUCCAUACAGAUUUGCAAUACCUGAGGAUAACUAUAAAGUGGUCAAAAAGGUUAUCGAUUCUAAUAUACGCUUAUUUUUAUUUGGUGGCGAUUUGUCUUUAACAUCGCCCAUGCUUCAUUCACAAAGAUUUGCGAAUAAACUUGGAUAUGAGCAAACGACCACAAUAUUACCAUUUUUUAUUGAAGAAGGCCAAAUAGCAGGCCAUUUUGUUAAAUAUGGUCCUAUUCAAGUUGCUUCAAUAUUGGACUCUGGUAUGUAUGGUUCCGGAAAAAAAUUAGAGACAAUCUGUAUACUCUCUGCAUUUGUGAGUGAUGGAAAAAGAAAUUUUUCAACUUAUCAAUCGUAA